CAACUCGUGACAACCAGUUCUCUAUACAUCUUGAUGGCAGGUGCGUUCCACGUGUGCUUUAUACGACAGAGGAGGAAAUAUAUAGUCUAGAAACACAAUUAUGACGAAAACGUAAAGAUCAGUUUUAAAAGUUUCCGCAAUAGCAAGAUCGGAAGAAGAUAUAAAAGCCUGUGAAUUUGACGUAGCGGCUAUGUAGUAUCGGAAAGUGAGCGCAAACGUUCGAUUUGCAGAAUUCGCUUGAUUUAUUUUCAAGAAAUACAUCCCUGAAACAACAAAGAUGGUGAAGUUGACCAGCACUAAGCUCUUCUGCCUUCUUGGUGUUCUCCUCUUGGUUUCUACACUCACUCCAACACUCGGAAGCAAAAAUCGCCGGGGCAGUCGGUCCAGACCUGGUAAGAGACGAACGGAGACGGAGACUCUGACAACCAACGACGACCAGUCGCCAAGAGUCGAGCAUUCCCACCGGGCUAGGCCCAAAAAGCGGCAGUCGCAGAACGACCGCCGGGUGGCCGUUUCGUGGAGCCCACCGCUCCCAGUGGGUCCUGCUUCGCCGCGCGAGUGCGUCUGUCCAUGGAGUUACUACACCCAGACAGACCCGAACCGCAUACCUCGCCAACUACCUUUCGCUCGCUGCACAAACGCUACCGGUGAAUGUCGGGACAAUCCCUACGCCAGCUGCCACCUUCACAACUACACGAUAGCCGUGUUGCGGCGUUCCCCGACGGCUAGCCAGUGCGACGACAUGUUGGACGAUUACGAGGUCAGUUUGGAGUCCGUGCCCGUGGCUUGCGUGUGCGUGUUACCAUCGACAUAGACGUCCGGAAACCUUCAACAAACUGGACGAUGACAGCAGCUGGAUUAUAUACUGUCCCUCAGAGGGACGAGUGGAAAGCAGGACAUAUCUUUCACUCAGGGAAGAUUUUCAUGAGAAAAUUAUAAACUAGACUCCAACCAUCUUAAUGUUUGAAACCCCGUGCAACUUAAGCAAAGAAGGCCAAUCUACAUUCACCGCAAGAGAUUUUUACGAAUAUGAGAUUAAAAUGACUUUUUAAAGAGUGAUAUUUUAGAAUAAAUUUUAUUUUUUUCUAAAAAUGUUUGUUUUUGUCAUAAACGUAUACUUAUAAACGUAUAUCUGUUUCUUUUCCGUGAUCUUUUCUCCGGUCCUUAAAUUAAAUUAUAAGUACUUUGGGUCUAAUGCUGUUAAUUAUAGAAAAAAUCAGAUGGUAGUUAGGUUAAUGAUUAAGCUCCAAACAUCAAAAAUACACAGCUUGCUAUACACAGCUUUUACGUUUAAGUAGCCAAUAAUCUUGACAAAUGUUACUCGGUUUGAUUUAUGCAAUAUUUCAAGUUUGAGCUUCAGAACCCGCUGAUAGACUGUGAACAAUGUGCAAAAACUAUACUUUACGCUACGAUUAAGCUUGAGGAGCAGGGAGAGUCGACUAUUGACAUUUAUUUUUGUAUUUGCGAAUCGUAUUCUUAAUUUUAUAUUCAUGAAGUAAUUUUUUAUUUAUUUAUAUAUUAGUAAUUUAUUUGUAUAUCAUCAAAGAAAAUGCAACUCGAGAAAGAACAAUACAUACACAAUAAAAAAACAAAUUGGAAUGCAUCGAUCGAGUCGUGC